GGAGAAGAACGCCAGGUUUCCUGGGCCACAGUCAUGGCGGCGACCGCCCCCAAUGCUGGGGGCUCCGCACCUGAGGCGGCGGCUUCCGCCGAAGCUCCGCUGCAGUACAGCCUUCUUCUGCAGUACUUGGUGGGCGACAAGCGUCAGCCCCGGCUCCUGGAGCCUGGAAGCCUGGGCGGGAUCCCGAGUCCAGCCAAGAGUGAGGAGCAGAAGAUGAUCGAGAGGGCGAUGGAAAGCUGCGCCUUCAAAGCUGCUCUGGCCUGUGUGGGAGGAUUUGUCUUGGGAGGUGCCUUUGGGGUGUUCACUGCUGGCAUUGAUACCAACGUGGGCUUUGACCCUAAGGAUCCUUACCGUACACCGACGGCCAGAGAAGUUCUUAAAGACAUGGGCCAGAGAGGAAUGUCCUAUGCCAAAAAUUUUGCCAUUGUGGGCGCCAUGUUUUCUUGCACUGAAUGUUUAGUAGAAUCUUACCGGGGAAAAUCAGAUUGGAAGAACAGUGUCAUUAGUGGCUGCAUCACUGGAGGAGCCAUUGGUUUCAGAGCUGGCUUGAAGGCUGGGGUCAUCGGCUGUGGAGGUUUUGCUGCUUUCUCUGCUGCGAUUGACUAUUACCUACGGUGAGAACACUAGUGUCCGGCAAGGACAAUGGCAGCCCAGGAUCAAGGCUGCUCUGUGUAGGGCGGUUUCUGCACCACUCCAGGGCACUUGCUUCAGAGACUGAAGACAUUUGUUUUCUCUCACAUAGUUGUGUCGUGAGGGAGCCGCCUGGCUGCAAUCGGCCACCUCUGAGCAGCCACGCUCUCUGCACCUGGACUCGAGCCAGGCUGUGCGGGGUGGAGUGCCAUGCCAGACUGUCUGUUUUGGGCAGUCAAGGAGUCAGUGUGUUGACCUGUAGGAACUGAGUUCCACAAAGGUUCUGUCCACAGCCUCUGGUGCUGUGGGGAUGGAGGGGACUUUACACACACCUGGAAGCUUCUACCUUGUACGUCAACGUGCUCAUCCAUCUCAUACCUCAGGGCAGGGCAGAGCGGAAUCAUGCCGUCCGACCAGUUCUGUCAUUUUGUUUAGUGUUCUGCUCACUUUGUUUAAUGUUCUGCUAUCCUUGUUUUAUAUAUAUAUGUAUGUAUGUAUGUAUGUAUGUAUGUAUGUAUAUGUAUUUAUAUUACAGUUUAAAAGUUUGGCUUA